AUGUCUGAAACCGUAAAUAGAAAUGAAAUUUCAACCUUGCAGUCAGACCUUGAUGCAAUCGAAACCUGGACAAAGAAUAACAAUAUGAAAUUAAACGGCAUAAAGUGUAAAGAGAUGAUAAUUAGUUUCCUUCGUAACGAAACAGUCAUUUCUCGACUUUGUAUCGACGAAUUGUCGCUCGAGCUAGUUGAUUCAUUUAAAGUUCUGGGAGUAACAAUCAAUAAUAAGCUAAAAUGGCAAGAUAAUACAGAAGCAAUAGUGAAAAAAGCGUGA